ACUGAAUCUGGCUAUGGAUCAGAGUCAAGUUUACGCCGCCAUGGCUCCAUGGUGUCUCUUGUUUCCGGAGCAAGUGGAUACUCUGCAACAUCCACCUCUUCGUUCAAGAAGGGCCAUAGCUUACGUGAGAAGCUUGCUGAAAUGGAAACCUUUAGAGACAUCUUGUGUAGACAAGUUGAUACUUUACAGAAAUACUUUGAUGCCUGUGCAGAUGCAGUUUCCAAAGAUGAACUCCAGCGGGAUAAAGUGGUAGAAGAUGAUGAAGAUGAUUUCCCUACGAUGCGUUCCGAUGGGGAUUUUUUACAUAACAGUAACAGCAGUAAGGAAAAACUGUUUCCACAUGUGACACCCAAAGGAAUUAAUGGCAUAGACUUUAAAGGAGAAGCUAUAACUUUCAAGGCAACUACUGCUGGAAUCCUUGCUACACUCUCUCAUUGUAUUGAACUCAUGGUAAAACGUGAAGAAAGCUGGCAAAAAAGGCUAGAUAAGGAGAUAGAGAAAAGGAGAAGAAUUGAAGAAGCAUACAAAAAUGCUGUGACAGAACUGAAGAAAAAGUCCCACUUUGGAGGGCCAGACUAUGAGGAGGGUCCUAAUAGUCUGAUUAAUGAAGAAGAAUUCUUUGAUGCUGUUGAAGCUGCUCUCGAUAGACAGGAUAAAAUGGAAGAACAGUCCCAAAGUGAAAAGGUCAGAUUACACUGGCCAACACCCUUACCUUCUGGAGAUGCGUAUUCUGCUGUGGGGACUCAUCGAUUUGUCCAAAAGCCCUAUAGUCGCUCUUCCUCCAUGUCUUCCAUUGAUCUAGUCAGUGCCUCUGAUGAUGUUCACAGAUUCAGCGCCCAGGUGGAAGAGAUGGUACAAAACCACAUGACAUAUUCCUUGCAAGAUGUAGGAGGAGAUGCCAACUGGCAGCUAGUUGUCGAAGAAGGAGAAAUGAAGGUAUACCGAAGAGAGGUGGAAGAGAAUGGAAUAGUUUUAGAUCCUUUGAAAGCAACCCAUGCUGUUAAAGGGGUAACAGGGCAUGAAGUUUGCCACUACUUCUGGAAUGUUGAUGUUCGUAAUGACUGGGAAACAACAAUUGAGAAUUUCCAUGUUGUGGAAAAUUUAGCUGAUAAUGCAAUCAUCAUUUACCAGACACAUAAG